AACAACACCUCUUGUAGGAGACGGUAUGUUAUACCUACCUACCUAUAUUUCUCAAUCCACUAUAAGCUAUUUUUUCUCUAAUACUUCAUCACAGACAAUCCUCUUGGACUCAUUUGGACCUUCAACUUUAGUACUCCCUUCGACAAAAACACAAAUUUUAGUACCAUACUUGGCACUUUAUCAAAAGCCCCCGGCGGAGGUGCUGCAACUAACAUUGCGCCUAACUAUAAGAAUGGAGCAUUGCUUGCUAACGAUAAUGAGUUCUUUCUAUAUGGAGGUACAUUAAUGACGACCUCGCUAUAUUCUCCGCCCGACGGCGAAUCUGCGCUAGGUUACAUAGCAUCAGACUAUAACAGCAAUGGCCGUUCAUUCCGCGCGGGAUUUCAGACUGACGAUCUCCCCGAUGGCAUUACUCGGUAUGUCGCUUUCGGUGCUGCCGCCAAUGCCCCUUCUGAGCAGAGAGCUUGGUAUUUUGGCGGAUACCGAUCUUCGUCGUGGGGCCCAAUUUACCUAAAUCUUAACUCUACCUAUGACCCUUCAACUGUUUCGAAUACCCUCAUGUCACUAGAUAUGACUGUUCAAGGACAAGAAGUUUGGAACAAUGCGACGUUGCCGCCCGGAACACAGAGUCGUGCGGGUCCAUCGAUGGUAUGGGUUCCCGUAGGUGAAAAGGGGAUACUCGUAGUCCUGGGCGGCGUCACAUAUCCCGCUUAUGAUAAUUCCAAUCACACAUCUCAAAACCCGGCACAGAGCGAAAAAGAUAGCCCGGGUUUCAUGUCUAAUGUUGAUAUUUAUGAUUAUGCAGGCGACGCAUGGUAUCGGCAACCAACACAGAAUGCCCCCCCUGCAUUGACAAGAGGGUGUGCUGUACUUGGUACUGCGAAAGACAAAUCAAGCUUCAACAUCUACUAUUAUGGUGGCUAUAACGGUCUUGAUAUAAAUUCGGACUUUAAUGACGAAGUAUGGGUGCUUUCGCUCCCGUCCUUCAUGUGGAUGAAGGUCUCCCAAGGCACACCUGAACACGGUCGAGCCGGGCACCAGUGCGUUACGCCAUAUCCGGACCAGAUGAUAGUCAUUGGGGGUACCACAACUACAAAAGGCGACACCGCCAAAUGUCUCGAUGGUGACAAUCCAUCAAUGUUGCAGGCUUACAAUCUUACCGAGGCGACGUGGAUGGAUUCAUAUGACCCAAAGAGCUGGGACGAUUACGGAGUCCCUGAGAUGAUCCAUGUUAUGAUAGGUGGCAGCUUCUCUGGCGGCGCAACUGCAACCACUCCAGGCCCCAGUGGUUGGGCCACACCAUCGCUCGGCAGCGUCUUUGCUACUCCCUACACAUCAAAAAUAACGACGUAUUAUCCCUACAGCUCCGUAGGCCCCGGAAAUGGUACUCGAGGCGAUGCCCACAGCGGAGGCGGAGGAGGGGGUACACCUGGUUGGGUCGGUGCUGUAUUGGGUGUGGUUCUCGGCCUUGUCUUCAUAACGGCUGUUGUCGUUGGCAUCAUCUUAUAUAGGAGAAGAAGGCUUCUAAAGAAGAACGACAGCACCGGGGGCGACCAAUCAACAGAUGAGAACGGCAAUAAGGUCAAGUCCUGGAUACAAAAUUUGAAAGCGCCAACGGUAAAUACCGAUGACAACCGCACGCAAUGCAACGAUACGGAGAGCCGGGGCGUCUCACCAAGCCAUCCGGAAACGGCUAUGUUCUCACCCGUCGAGAUGCCAGAUACGCAAUUUUAUGAACUAUUGGGUGACUCUCCGCAUCCAGGCGAAUUAUCAACCGGCACAGAAGGUGUCCAUAGCCCACACUCAGCCUAUGUAGUAGACCCGAAACAGAACCCCUUCGCCUCGGGGCCGAACACGCCGCACUCUAUUAUGACACCUGUCAGCCAAUUUCCCUUCGGCGGUACCGCAUCGCACGACCACGCUGCGAGCUUCGGCUCUCAUGGGACGCCGCCGCCACAGUACACGCAAAGACCCGACUCGCCGCCCCUCGGAACGAACGACGCGCAAUACGGGUCCAUCGCCGGUAUCGCCGUCUCCAGCAACAACAUCAACAGCUCCGGCUCGGACAUUCCCACGAACACAAGCAACAGCGGCCCAAAUAACGGGGAUAGGCCUCCUCCCGCGGGCUCGAACCCGAACCGCAACACCGUGAUCAGUGGCGUAAGCAGCUUUAGCGACCGCGAGGCGGGACACCUGCGACAGAUCAGCGACACAACUGUCAGUUCCGUAAACCCAGACGACGCACACCAUCACCAACAUCAAGGGGGCAAUGUACAAAAUAGCCCGCCGUUGCCAGUAAGUCCGCCAAGCGUGGACACCUCAAGUGGCGGAACGGAUUACAUAAGUCACCGACCGUCGCAACGUUCGAGGGACGGCGGGGAUGGAACUACGAAUAGCCCGCUUCGGCAGAGCAUAUUCGUGGAGAGCGAGGAUGAUCUAGGGCCAGGACGAGGGGAGGCGCGGUGAUCUGUUUCAAGUGAAGUGAAAACGAAAAGCAAAAAAUAACGAUAAACCCAAAACGACAAAAUAAUGAAAAUUUCCACGAUUUUACACUUAAUAAAUUAGCUAAACUUCCUUUCCCCAAACCACAGUAUAGAUACCAUGGCGUUGUUUUUUCAUCUCAUCUCAUCUGGGUAUUCGAGAGGGACGGGUUUGGGCUGGGGCUGGACCGGGAAUGAGUUAUCUACCUCAAAUAGCAGGUAGGAAAGGAAAAGAAAGGACAGGAUAGGAGGCAAUAGGUUUAUUUCCCUGUAUAUAAGUACAGACCUGCUCGGGAGGCAGGAGACAUGUCAUUUUGGAUAUGAUUGGACGGAUUGCGUAUGAGGAUGGAGAAGGGCAAGGGACGACGAGACGACCAUACAUAUGCUUACAGUGAUCGAAAGAUCGAUCAAUCAUUGACUCUUAAAUUUAAUAAUGUGUUAAUCCA